CGCAACCGGAAGACAACAGCUUUUUUGUUGUUUCUCCUUUUGUUACGAUGCGAAUUGGGCGACUGUCAACCCAACGCUGAGCUCAUUGUUACACAAACUGACAAUAAAAUGCCCUUAUUUGAUGGUUUAGGAAGCGGAGGAGAGAAGACUGCGAUCGUAAUUGAUUUAGGAGCCGCGUACACAAAAUGCGGCUUCGCAGGGGAAACGGGGCCCAGGUUCAUCAUUCCGAGCGAGAUCCGGAAGCCGGGCCAGCAGCAGGCCGUCAAAGUGGUUCAGUACAACAUCAACACCGAAGAGCUGUAUGUCAUCCUCAAAGAGUUCAUCCAUUUACUCUACUUCAGGCACCUGCUGGUGAAUCCUCGCGACCGAAGAGUGGUCAUCAUCGAGUCCAUCCUCUGUCCGUCUCACUUCAGGGAGACGCUCACCAAGGUCUUCUUCAAACAGUUUGAGGUGCCUUCAGUCCUGUUUGCACCAAGUCACCUCAUGGCCAUCAUGACUCUGGGGAUCAACUCUGCUCUGGUGAUGGACUGUGGCCACACAGAGACGCUGGUGCUGCCUGUUUAUGAGUGCACUCCUAUCCUGCCAGCGUGGGAGGCUUUGCCUUUGGGUGGGAAAGCCAUCCAUAAAGAAUUGGACGGACUUCUUGUGGAACAAUGCACUGUGGACACGGACACCACCACAGGGCAGAGUGUACCAGCUGCCAUCGGGACCAUCCCAGAGGACACCGUGGAAGAUAUCAAGGUCAGAACUUGCUUCGUCAGCGACCUGCAGAGAGGCCUCAAGAUCCAGGAAGCCAAAUUCAACCUGGAUGGCACAGCUGAACGUCCAGCUCCUCCUCCGGAUGUUGAUUAUCCUCUGGAUGGGGAGAAAAUCCUCCACGUCAAAGGAUCCAUCAGGGAUUCUGUGAUGGAAAUCCUGUUUGAACAGGACAACGAAGAGAAGAGCGUGGCCACUCUGAUCCUCGACGCUCUGGUCAAGUGCCCCAUCGACACGCGCAAGGUGCUCUCGGAGAACCUGGUGGUGAUCGGCGGCACCGCCAUGCUGCCGGGUUUCCUGCACCGUCUGCUGGCCGAGAUUCGCCUCCUGGUGGAGAAACCCAAGUACAGCGGCGUGCUGGCCAGCAAGAGCUUGCGAAUACACGCCCCGCCUGCCAAGCCCAACUGCACCGCCUGGCUCGGAGGCGCGAUCUUCGGGGCGCUGCAGGACAUCUUGGGCAGCAGGUCGGUGUCACGAGACUACUACAACCAGACGGGCCGCAUCCCAGACUGGUGCUACCUGAGCUCCCCUCCUCCCGAGUCCCUGUACGACGCGGGGAAGACGCCUCCCCCGCUCAUGAAGAGAGCUUUCUCCACGGAGAAGUAGAACCGGAUCAUUCGGACGACGUACUCUCGUGCACUCCACGCGCCAACGCAGUUCGGUAAUCUUAAAUGUAACGUCGAUGUCUUCAACACGUUUUUAGUCUCGCCGUCGCUCGUAUGUUUUUUUUGGAACAAAUACUGGGAUACAUUUAUACUCUACAAGGAUUACAUUGUUAGAAUCUCGAUAUAGGGCGUGUGCCACAUGCAUCUGUGACUUCAGUCUCAUGGAACUCACUCUCACUCCACUUUGUUCUGCUUGUUUUCGAAGAAUUAUGAAAAGAUUAUGAAGAUUGAAAAAUCUGUCCUCCCUUAUUUGUCAGCUGCAUCUGUUGCUCUGGAGAAAGCAGAAGUUAUUUCAUGGAGAUUUUUACUGUAUUUUGGUUAUUUGACACUAAAAAAUAAACCGCUCAUGUAUUUAUUAUACGGUGUUGUUCUCAAUAAACCCCUGUGCACUCACA